AUGCUUCGGACCUCUUUGCGGUCUGUGUCAGGCCCUUCAAGCCGACAUGUUCGUCUCUCCUAUCUAGCGCGCCCUGGCGCGCCCAGUUUGCGCCAGUUUCACCGCAUAUCUGCACUCCGUACCGAUUCAGUCGAAACCAAGUUGGAAACCAAUUCAUUUGACGCGUCGACCGAGCCUUCAGUGCCAUUGCCGCCCAAUGAUCAGAUUCCAGAGACAAAAGAUGUCGCCUCUGGCAGACGCCAUAAACCCCAGUCGGAAGAACAGAGACCACUCACUGCUUCCGUAUGGGCUGGGAUGAAGUCAAGACAAAAAUAUAAUUACAGAAAACGGCAUCCCUUACUCUACGACAAGUUCAGGAUGGAAAUGUUAAACAAAGACAUUGCACCUUCCCAAGCAGCACAAUCAAAGGGACCACUAUCGGAAGCCGCCCAGCCAGAGGAAGUCCCGUCAGAGGAAGUCCCGUCAGAGGAAGCCCCGUCAGAGGAAGCCCCGUCAGAGGAAGCCCCGUCAGAGGCAGCCCCGUCAGAGGCAGCGCGGGUGGAAGCAGAAAAAAUUAAGGCCUUGCAACGCAAGGUGAUUGAAGCGGAUAUGGAAGCCAAACGGGAAAGAAAGGCCAAAAUUAAGCAGAUGUCGAAGAAAAAGGAGAAAGAAAGUCAGUCCGAAGCCGAAAUUCCAACAGAAGGCCCAUCAGGUACGCCAGCAUUUAGUGAGCCCAAGGAGAGCACCCUCAACUUGAAGUCCACUAGCAAUGUAGUGGCUCAGACAUUGGAAACCAGCCCCAAGAGCGGUUUUGCAAGUCAAAAUGAGCCAUACGAGAAGCCGGACGAGAGCGAAAUUAUUUCUUUUAUGAAAGACCAUAUCACGUCCAAGGACCACGGUUCUCUUUCCUCAAGGGACGAGAAACUGUUCAUGAAAGAAUUGUCUGUCCCCAUGUCUCCUGUUCCGCGCGUCGCCUUUGGUCUUGACCGAGUGCUUUUCAAUCCCGGUGUCUACCAGCUACGUGACCCUCGGUCUCUUGUCUACAAUUUCGACCCCUACCUAGGCCACAUCAUGCCCGUGACGGAAUUUGACUUUGCUGCCCUGAAGCCGUAUGUCACCUCCUCGGAAGAUGUGACGGCUCGCGAAAUGACCGAGAAACACGAAAAGAAGUACUACGGCUCGUCGUCUAGCAUGACAUCAGUUCUCACACAUUUCCAUUAUCUUCUGUCCGCGUGGCGACCUGUUGACACUAAAAGGAUUUCUCGUGGUUUUGAUGACCCUCUGCGGACCUUCACCCGUCUCCUUCGAGCGCCGACUGCCAUGUUCCUCCGUUAUAAGGAAAAGGAGGAUAUUUACGCCAUUGAUGCCGACAAGGAAUACGACUACGCCAAUAUUCUUAUGAACCUGGGCAAGUCAAUGGAGAAGCAACUCACGAUGCCAAAAGAACAGUUUGAGCGCUACCGCCGCAGUGAUCCAAACAAGAUCACUGCCGAGGAAGAAGCAGCCACCCCGGAGUCAUACCACUACAGCACCGCAGGCAAAUUCCUCAUGCGAUCUCAACUCGACGCCUACGAUCCUAGACUGCCAGGUACCGGCAUGUUCGACUUGAAAACACGUGCAGUGGUUUCGAUCCGCAUGGAAGCCACCGAGCACGAGCGCGGAAUGGGUUACGAGAUCAGACGUAGCCAUGGCAAGUGGGAGUCCUUUGAACGCGAAUACUUCGACAUGAUCCGCGCCGCCUUCCUCAAGUAUUCCCUGCAGGUUCGCGUUGGCCGCAUGGACGGCAUCUUCGUGGCGUACCACAAUAUCGAGCGCAUCUUCGGUUUCCAAUACAUCCCUCUCGACGAGAUGGAUGAGGCUUUGCACGGCACGCCCAACACUACACUCGGAAACAAAGAAUUCGAACUGAGUCUUGGCCUGUGGGAGAAGAUCCUGGACAAGGCAACACAGAAGUAUCCCAAGAAAUCUCUACGUUUCCACUUUGACACCCGCGAAACUCCCUCACCCUACAUGACCGUCGUCGCGCAGCCCGUCACGGAGGAGGAAAUCGAGGCCAUCCAGACCACGAACAAAGCCCACAUCGAUGCCAUCCAAGACCGUCUCCUCAACCCGGAACAAUUCGCCGACAGUACCCCGGAGGCAACCGGAGAAGCCUCAGUUGAUGAGUUUUCCGACGAGUUCGCCGACGAGGCAGCGGAAGACGAAUCUCUCUAUGCGGAGGAGGAGCCAGCCGAAACCGAAACCGAAACCGAAGCCGGAGCCGGGGAUUCAAUCGAUGGCGAAUUCCGCCAUAGAGAGGGGGAGCCAGCCGAAGCCGAAGCCGUCAACCUACAGAAUGACCCCCCCAUCAAAUCCCUGGCCGACACGCUCUUCCCCAAAGAGGAAGGCGAGGAAAUAUCCGAAGCCGAAAAGUCCGAAUACCACCCUUCGAUCGAGCUCGAGCAGACCCCGGAGCCGAUCGUUCCCACCAAGACCGUACCGGUGCGCAAGCCCUUUGAAGAGGGCGAAGGCGACGAGGACGUGCUCGGGAUGCUAGUCGUUGUACACAGUAAGGUGAACGAAGUUCCGGUGCAGCGGCCGACGUGGUUCACCGUGAACGACAAGUGGGAGCUUGACUACGAGAUCAACGAGCUUGAUUUGAAGGAGAGCAAUGAAGCUCUGCGGAUGUGCAAGAGGCGUCGCAAUCAGGUAUUAAGAAAGACCGUGACGGAUCAUGAGGCUGGUUUCUUCCGCACUUUGCAAAAGGUGACGAAAAGAGGACGUGCUUGGCGGAAGCGGAUGGAUGAGAAGGAUCGUGAGCGUGGGAUUCUUGUUUAUAAGGAUUCUUCUGACAUGUGA